CUCCCGUUAGAAACAUGACAUUCAACGGUACCUGGAAGGUUGACAGAAAUGACAACUAUGACAAGUUUAUGGAACAGAUGGGUGUCAAUUUGGUGAAGAGGAAGCUGGCAGCCCAUGACAACUUGAAAAUCACCAUUGCACAAAAUGGAGACAAUUUCACAGUCAAUGAGUCCAGUACCUUUCGCACUGUGGAAAUCACAUUCACCCUCGGAGUUCCCUUCGAAUAUAGCCUAGCUGAUGGAACUGAGAUCUCUGGCACGUGGGCCAAGGAGGGAGAUAAGUUAGUUGGAAAAUUCAGCAGAAAAGACAAUGGCAAGGAACUCCUCACUGUCCGAGAAAUCAUUGCUGACGAGCUUGUCCAGAGCUACCAUUAUGAUGGAGUUGAUGCCAAAAGAGUUUUCAAAAGGGCUUAGAGAUCUAUUUUUUCAACAAAGAGAAUAAUAGAGAGAAACCAGCUGGCUUAUUCCAAAGUGCACCUUCAAUUUGAAAUAUCAACGGAAUAUCUUGAAAAAAAAAUCCCCUAUAUGA